AUGGCCGAGUCGCCGCCAACUGGCCGCUCCCGCUCUGGCUCGACCGGCCUCGGUCGCCCCGCCCUGCCCCUCGCCAUGCCGCCCUCGUCCUCCUCCUCCCCCCGUGACUCGCAGCAGGCCACGUCCCCCUCGAGCGCACUCUCCCAGUCCCUCAAGGCCUUUGCCGACCUCGCCCUCCACGACUCGACGAGCCCCGCCGCCCGAAACCCGCUCGACUCGGCAGAGUUCCGCGAGGCGUUCCAGCACGCCCGCCGGGCCAGCUUUGGCGCGACCAACACGUCGUCCGCGGUCACUACCACCACCACCACCCAGCCGAACACGGUCCCGGCCCUGUCGACCUCGCCCUCGUCGUCGUCCGAGGCCGGCUCAGUCCCGACCCCGUCGUCCUCUCCGCCCUCGAGCACCCUCUCGCUCCCCAAGACCCGCUCGGGCGCGCCAACCUCGACGACCGCGAGCACCAAGGCCGUUCGCGCACCCUCGUCGACCCUCGGCGGCGUGUGCGAGCGCCCCGAGCUCGAGUUUGAGCAGCGCGGCGGCUCGCUCGCCCUCGACGACGACGACCUCGCCGCCGACCCGUGCAUGUCGGCCCCGGCCGCACGACACAUCGCGCCCGCCGUCACGCCCCCGGCGGGCUCGGCGGCCGCGACCGGCGGCGGCAUCUUUGCCGGCGGCGCGCGCUGGGGCUGGCCCGGCACGGUCGCCGGCUCGGCCAACGCGGGCCCGCUCAGCCCGCCCGCCGUCGAGCCCUUCUCGCUCGGUCACGGCCGGCGCGGAUCGUUCUCGUUCGGCGCCGGGUCGAGCACGGCCGCGUCGGCGGCGGGCAUCCAGGCGUCGACCUCGCCCGGCGCCGCGUCGUCGUCGUCGAGCUCGGCGGCGACUGUCCUCGCGACAAGCCCGCCCGCGGCAGACCCGCUCCGCAUGAUGCAGCCGCUUGGAAGGGUCGUGUCGGCCGGCGCGGCGCUCCAGACGGCGCAGGACGGCGGCAAGAACGGCGUCGGCGAUGGACUCGGCCUGUUCCGCCGCUUCUCGAUCAGCGGCAUCGGCGCGCGCAAGAACCGCGCCGUCCCUUCAUCGCCUCCGUCAAGCGGCUUCUCAGCCCAGCCCGCCCCGACCCUCCUCGAGCCGACGCACGCCACCCUUCCUCCUCCCGUCCCGACCUCGGCGAGCGCGACGGCCGAGCCGACGCGCCGUGGCAGGACGCUGAGCCCGCCGGUCGGUGCGGCGGCAACGGGCACGAGGGGCAAGAGGAGGAUCAGCCCCAUGGGCGAGAAGAUCCUCCGCGGCGGGUACUAGGCGCGCCGAGCAGCUCUCACGCGCUCGUCGGCGUCGCGAGAAGAGCACAGGCGCCGCGACGGCGCGUCGCCGGACCGCAAGAGCAGGCUCGAGCGCUCCGACGAGCGCCAUCUCCCCAGCCUCCUUCCUCGUCCCUCCCUCUCGACUCUCCCGCAUCUCUCCUCGCUCGCUCGGGAGCACCCACUCUCUCUGUCACCUUGCCCUCUCUCGCCAUCGACCUCGCCCUGGCUCCCUCGCCGCCACCCAUCUCUGUUAUUGUACACCUCCUCAGCCCGACCCUCCCUCGCCCUCACGACCACCUCACGACGUCGACUCACCUCUCGACCACCUCUCGCUCCCCCCGUCUCGUCCUUUAUCAAGCCGGUCCCUCGAAACAAGCCUCAAAAGACGGUCAUUCUCUCCCGCCUCCUUGUCUAGCUCUCCCCUCUCCUCCUUCGUGUCGUUACUUCUCCCCUCGUCCGUGUCCUACUCGUCCUUCCUCUGUCAUUGUCUCCCUCCUGGACUAGCCGGUCUCUCGUCCCCCUUCUGCUCGUCGUCGCCUUCUCUCGUUCGCCUGCCCUUUCUCUCCUUCUCUUUGUCUGGAAUCAAACCUUGUCGGUACCUGUCGCGCAGCAG